UAAUCUCACUCUCUCUCGCUUACAACAUUUAUUUUGUGUUUGUUAUGUGGACACUUGAUUGAAAAUCUCGAUAAAUGUCUGUGUUUGUGUUGUGUGUAUGUGCGUUUUGGUGAUAAUCAACUAAUCCGACAAAAUCAAUAUCAGGCCAAUACAACUUUGAUUCGCUUGUUUUGUUUACUGUUUUCGUUUGUUUUUUGCAAUGAUUUUUUUCCAUUGAUUUUUGUGAAUACAUUUAAAAACAAAACAAAAAAGAAAAACCAAAACCAAAACCAAAACCAAAACCAAAAACAAUGAUUUACGUAGAUGAAACUGAUCCAGUGGAUGAUGAAAAUGAAGAACCACCAUUUCAACCACGUAAUGUUUGUGUUAAAAAAACCAAUCCAACUUGUGAAUAUACAUUGGGCGAAGAAUUGGGAAGAGGAAAAUUCGGUGUAGUACGGCUGUGUUUUGAAAAAAAAUCCAAAAAAAAAUUAGCAGCAAAAUUUAUUCAAACAACAUGUCAACAAGAUCGUAAAGAUGUUGAACGUGAAGUUGAAAUAAUGUGCGCCUUGCAACAUCCACGUCUUUUACAAUUAUAUGAUGCAUUUGAUGAUGGUAAAAAUCAAAUGUGUUUGAUUAUGGAAUGUGUUGAAGGUGGUGAACUAUUCGAAAGAGUUAUUGAUGAUGAUUUUGUAUUAACAGAAAAAGCAUGUUCCAUAUUUGUACGACAAAUAUGUGAAGGUCUUGAUUAUAUUCAUUCAAAAUCAAUUGUACAUUUGGAUAUGAAACCGGAAAAUGUAUUAUGCGUUACACGUACCGGUAAUCGUAUAAAAUUAAUUGAUUUUGGUUUCGCACGACAAUUCAACAAAGGAUUACAGGUAAUGUUCGGUACACCGGAAUUUGCUGCACCUGAAGUUAUUAAUUUUGAAGAUGUUGAUUUUGUAACCGAUAUGUGGGCUGUAGGUGUCAUCACUUAUGUUUUAUUAUCUGGUCUAUCACCAUUCAUGGGCGAUAGCGAUCUAGAAACAAUGGCCAAUGUAACAAGAGCUGUUUAUGAUUUUAAUGAUGAAUCAUUUGAACCGAUCUCAAAAAAUGCUAAAGAUUUUAUUUCAAAAUUAUUGGUCAAAGAUAAAACCAAACGAUUAACAGCUGCACAAGCAUUGAAACAUCCAUGGCUAAAGACACGAACGAAAAAAUUGAAACAUGAACCAAUGGAUAAAUCAUUGGAUAAGAAAAAAUUGAAAAAAUUUGUCAUUAGAAGACGUUGGCAGAAAGCUGUUAAUGCAAUAUUAGCAUUACGAAGAAUGGGUGCAACAAUCGAUCUACCACCAUUACCGAUUGCAUCGAUACCUAUACCGAAAAAAUCAACAACAACAACAACACAAAAAACAGGAAAAGCAAAAGGCUAAACCAAUCAAUCAAUCAAUCAAUCAAUCAAGGGUUAAUGAAACUCUAUUCAUUACUCAUCAUCAUCAUCAUCAGUAUCAUUAUCAUCAUCAUCUUUGGACAUUUUACAACAACAACAAACUAAAACGAAAAAAAUAAAGCUUAUCAUCAUCAUUAUAAUCAUCAUCAUCAACAUACCUGGAGACAUUUACAUAACAAAAAAAAUUCUAGUCUUUCGUUUUCGAAAUAACACACGAAUAACACACACCUAUCCACCCACACACACACACAUCAUUGAUCGAUAAUCAAU